CUCACAGCAGCCGUAGGGUAGGCCCGUAGUUUUCAUUUGAUUUGUCCAAGAUAGAGGCCGAAGUCAAACUACGGGCAAACAAUGGGCCGGCGAGGGAAGAGGAAGGUGAAUCGUAGAACCCAACCGGCGCCGCUCCAUCCGCUACUGUCGGCGUCCAUGGCAACCAAGAAGAGAAAGGUCGACCAAGAGGACGAGAUCCUCCUGCCUCCCGAUGCCAACUCCCAGGCCCACCACCAUCCCGUCGUGUACACACCCGUUCCUCCCUCCGACGACGAACAUGGCGGCGAGGAGGAAGAUGACGUCUCCAAGCUCCUGGAGUUGCUCUCUAGAGAACAUCUCGUCUCCCUGCUUGUCACCGCUGCCGCCUCCGACCCCACCACCCUCUCCGAGAUCCGCCGCGUCGCGGACCUCGAUCCCGCCCACCGCAAGAUCUUCGUCCACGGCCUCGGAUGGGAGACCACUAAGGAAGGUCUCCACGCCGCUUUCUCUGGCUAUGGAGACAUUGAUGACUGCCGCGUUAUCUUUGAUAAGGCCAACGGCCGAGUCAAGGGGUAUGGCUUCGUCCUCUUCCGUCACCGCAGCUCUGCCUGUCGUGCCCUCCGCCGCAGCCAAAAACUGAUAGACGACCGCAUGAUCUCCUGUCAGCUAGCCACUGCCGGACUCUCUGCUCAUCCCGCCCACCACAACAACCCUGGCCCCAGCGCUGGUCAUCAGGACAACCUAUCUAGGAAGAUCUACGUGGGGAACGUUCAUCCAGGUAUUAACGGUGCGCACCUCCUCAGCUUCUUUUCCCAGUACGGCGAGAUUGAGGAGGGUCCGAUCGGUUUCGAUCGACGCACUGGAAAGCCGAAAGGUUUUGCUCUCUUUGUCUACAAGACAGCGGAGGGUGCCAUGAGGGCUCUCGAAGAGCCAAGAAAAGAUUUUGAGGGCCACCUACUACAUUGCGAACGGGCCUUCGAUAACAAGAAUAAGGCGGCAUCCAACCAGAAUGCCGCGGCUUCACCAAAUAUGGCUCCAAGCACAGGAGUUCUGAAUGUAUCUGGUUAUGCAAGCACCCCAACAGAUAUGGCGUUACAACAAGCUGCGAUCAUGGGGCAAGGCCUUCUUAGCAUAGGUGGCGCACAAGCCUUUGGCCAGGGGAUUCAGUCAAAUCCUUCGAUGCUUGCGCUACUUGCAGAAGCUGGGCAAAAUCCGGCUGCUUUUGGGGUCACACCUGCCAUGCUAGCUACCUUGAACCCUGCUUUUGUAGCUGCAUUUGGUGCAUCUGGUAACCAGCUAUCUGUACCUUCUGCAGUUGUUCCUCAGGUGAAACAGGUUCUAAACUAUGGGAUGGGAAGUACUCCAUAUCAAGGACCUCCAGGAUUUCAACUAUCUACAGGAUUUCAAGGGGCUACUGGUUUCCAAAGUUCACCAAGUCUCCAAGGCCCAUCAGAUUUUCAGGGGAUUCAAGAAGUUGCUCAACGAGGUGGAAGUAGCAGUUCUUACCUGGGAGUUCCAAUGUCAAGAACAACGACUGGGCCUAUGGCCUGAUAUGGUCAAAUUUAGGUUGCUGCUGAGGGUAUGGUUGGUGCACAACAUCCUUUCCCAACAUUAUGCAAGAGAGCUUGGACCUUGAAGCGAGCUUCCACUUAAAUCAAUCUGGUCGACUCAAAAGUAACAAAUCAGAAGAAAUUACAGUUGGCCAAGGUGAUUGUCAGACAAUCCACUAAAGAGCUAAUUCGGAUCCACCAAAGCGCUUAGAAUGUGGAAUAUCAUUGGCUUGGCAUGGACAUUAAGACCUAUCAAAGACACCAAUGGUAUAUGGAAAGGGAACUUUAGAAUAUCAUUUACAAUAAGCUAGCAAAGUUCUAGGUGAUUUCUAUCUGACAAUUCCUCUGCCACUAAGAUCAAUCUUUCAAGAACACAUCGUUUUGGUGUGAAUAUCCAUUUGUUCACAAUUCAUUAUUGAUUUAACGUCAACCCCACAGUAAUUUUGUGUGGCUCACUGAUCAUAUCCAACUGACCAACAUUAGUCCACUCUAAGCAGGAUCAUGGUAAGCGCCAAACUUAGCCCAACUUGUUUGUCCGAGAAACUUGGUCUUUUGUAGUCGAACUUUUCUAUGCAAGAUUCAAGCUGCAUUUAUAGUUCUAACAAACGAGAUGCCAUGGAGCCAAGGCAGGGAAGAAAUGAGAUUACUCUAUCAUUUACCUGAUUCACUAGUAAGAGGAAUGCCUAGUAACUAAAAGAGGGGCUGAACUUAGAGCUUCUCUUUUACAAAUGAAUAAAAAUGUUUUAACUGUUAGAUGUCUCAUCUGGUUUGAUGCUAAUAAAUAGACAAGAAGAUAUAGGAAGUGGAAACAUAUAGCUUGAUCUUGCAAAGAGAAAAAGAAGAGGAGAAAAGGUAAAUUUGGGAGUAAUAAAAUCGCUUAGAGGGAAUAAACUUGCAGAGUGCAAAGAGUUUGAGAAACCACGGGGGAGUGAACAGAGAGUUUCAAUUAUUGAAACUGAGUAAAUUGGCCCCAAGUUGGAAGAACUUGUGUCGUCAGAACUGGGGUCCCCAAGUUUCUGAUUAUUAUAAAUACACCCCAAACUGUUUUUUAAAGUAGGAAGUCACAUGCAUUUACAAAAUUUGACUGUUUUGGCUUGUUUUAUUUCAUAGUACUUGUUAAGUUUAAUUUGGCUUAUGAACCCGAAGAUAAUCAUCUUAAGUCCAAUAUAAAUACCAAGAUCAGACAAUAUUUCAGCAUCGUUUGGUGAAUUAUGAAUAAAUUAUGGUAUUUAAAGAACACAAGGAUCUAAUACAUUCGGAUACGGCAUAUUUCUUAUAGGAAAUAUCUACACGUCUUGUCUAUUAGCUCUUCUAUAACACGAAAAUUAAACAAUUUGUCUGCAAAUUCAAGACAAUUUAGAAGCUAAGCUUGUAUUAGAAAUCAUAUCACUAUUGAUUGACAUAUUUACAAUUAGUUUAACUGAUUUCUCGUCGGCGUGGUUCUUAGUCUAGGGGAAAAAAAACUGAAGUGCAGCCUCUUGUUAAAAUCGCGUGAAGGGAGCUUCACCGCCAUUGGAUUACCAGGAAUUUAAUUCUUGCAGCAUGAUGUUUUAUGAUGAGGAUUAGCUUCACAACAUCUAACGGUUAGAAAGUCCACUUCACGUGAUUUCUCAUGAAGGGGAGCUGCAUGAAGUCUGCGUAGUCUAGAUUUCUUCGACAGCCAUCAAUAUUCUGUACCAAUUUUAGUAAAUGAAUAGAUUAUGUAGAACGUUAGUCAUCUAUUUAUAACAGGAAUAAAUAGCUUCUUUCUUCUAGUGCAUUAACAUGUCAAAGGUCCUUCAUUCCUCUCCUGAACCAGUUUAACACCUUCCUCGUCA